AAAGACGACGGACAAUCUGCGGUUUUUAACCCCGGAAGACUGAACGAAAGGGAUUAUUUUAAGAACGAGACAGUACUUGUUUUGGGGGCAGAGUAAAAGGUUUCCACUCUAGUUCGAAAAGUGAUUUUGCUGACUUGAAAAUCGUUAUCGCUUUUUCAAGCUCAAGAUCCGAAGAAUAAGAUAAGAUUCAAAGACGAGAUACAAUUCUGUAAGCGCCCCAAAUCAAUACAUCUUUUCAUCUUGUUCAGCGGUCCACUUGACAAGGCGGCAAGCAGGUGCUCAGGUGUCCUUUGUGAAGACUUCGUCACUAAGUCAUAUUUUAUGCCUGGUUCUUGGUUUUGCUGAUUUGAGUGCAGCAAUGAACAUUUCAACUGGUGGAACAGCUUUGCCAAUAAACGUAGAAUUGCUUAAGACCGUCUUUGUCAGCGAGGCAUGUUUGAUAACAUGUGCCAAUCUUCUGGCCCUGGUUGUGUUUCUCCGAAAGUCUUUCCGAGUCAAGAAAUCCACCUAUUUUCUGCUGAGUAUGACUGUUGCGGACUUUCAGGUUGGCCUAACAUUUCUCAUAAAUUGUUUGGGUCUGGCCAGCAGGUUUGCAUUCACAUGGUCCAAUUUUGCAUCGUUUGUAUCCCUUUUCUCGUUAGUUUUUAUUGCCUUAGAGAGAACAUAUGCCGUUUUCCUUCCUUUCAGUCAUCGCUCGUCCCAAACCAGAAGUUACCUGAUAUGCAUUGCCUUGCUGUGGGCACUUUCAUUUGCGAUCUACUUUCUGCCUUCUCACCUUCUUCCACCAUUUGCUGAGAGCUCCCUCCUGUUCUUCAGAUGGUCGAUAGUAUCAGGGGCUUCCCUUUGCCUUGCUGUUAUAACUAUCUGCUAUAUUUCCAUCUGGAUCAAGAUGAGAUUCGGGAAAAGAUUCGAUGACGAGCAAGCCUCCAGGAACAAUGCUAAGCUUGCCAAAACAUUGUGCAUUGUGACCUUCACCACUGUCGGGUGUUUUCUUCCUAUUGUGGUCAUGCUCUCAUGCAAUUGCUAUCAUCCUAUUUAUUUUCCGAUUAUGGAUUUUUUCAUUUUCAGUAAUUCAUUCUGGAAUGUAUUACUGUAUACAAUUCGCAUACCAGAAUUCAGAAAAGAGUUGCGUGACAUCGUUAAACUUUGUGCAUCUUGCAACACGUGUGCACACCCAAGAUGUUGCCGGCAAAACCGAGCACAUAAUCAACUGUAUGCAAGAACAGGAGCUAAUCAGGUCCCAACUGUUAUAUGUUAUUCCAACGAAAUAGCAACCAAUGCCGAAAGUGAGAUAGCUAUGUCUUCCAACCAGCCCAGGAAGUUAACACACGAAAAGCUCAGAGUUAAAAGUGACGGAAAGAAUUCAAACGAGCAGUCCAAUAUUGAUAAUGACAGGAAGUUGUCACGCAACCAGCUCAAUGCUGAAAGUUCCGGACAGAUGUCACGCGAGGAGUCAAAUAAUGGUGGAAAGCUUUCGAAAGAAAUGCCUUAUGUUAAAAGUUACGGAAAGGUAUCACGGGAACAGCCCAAUAUUGAAAGUGACGGAAAGAACUCAUCCGACAACCUCAAGACUGAAAGUGCCAGGAAGAUGUCACGUGACCAGAUCGGCGUUGUAAAUGACGAAAAGUCACGUGAACAGCAAAACGUCGAAAGUGACGGCAAAAUGUCACAAGGCAGCCAUAUGUUGAAAGUGACGGAAUAACAUCAAGCCAACAGCCAAACGUUGAAAGUGACUGAAAGACAUCACACCAACAGCCAAACGUUGAAAGUGACGGGAAAAUGUCACGAAAACAGCCAACCGUUGAAAGUGACGAAAAAUGUCACGCGAGCAGCCAAAUGUUUAAAGCGACGGAAAAAUGUUGCGCGACCAGGUUGAUGUUGAAAAUGACGGAAUAACAUCAAGCCAACAGCCAAACGUUGAAAGUGACGGGAAAAUGUCACGAAAACAGCCAACCGUUGAAAGUGACGGAAAAAUGUCACGCGAGCAGCCAAAUGUUUAAAGCGACGGAAAAAUGUUGCGCGACCAGGUCGAUGUUGGAAAUGACGGAAUAACAUCAAGCCAACAGCCAAACGUUGAAAGUGACUGAAAGACAUCACACCAACAGCCAAACGUUGAAAGUGACUGAAAGACAUCACACCAACAGCCAAACGUUGAAAGUGACGGGAAAAUGUCACGUAAACAGCCAACCGUAGAAAGUGACGGAAAAAUGUCACGCGAGCAGCCAAAUGUUUAAAGCGACGGAAAAAUGUCAUCCGACCAGUUCAUGUUGAAAGUGACAGAAGGAUGUCACGCGAAAAGCCAAACAACGAAAGUGACUGGAAAAUGUCACGCGAGCAGCCAAAUGUUUAAAGCGACGGAAAGACAUCACGCGAACAGUUCAUGGCAUUAAUUAAGAUGUCACGCCAAAAUUGACCCUGAGAUAAUAUUCAUGUCGUUUACCUAGCUUUUCGUGCCCCACCUACGCCUUCUAUUCUGGACAGAUUUCAGCAUAAAAACUUCAACAUCAAAUAUUUGUGUGAUAGUAUUAUAAUUUUUAUUAAGUUAAGGAUACGUUUCCGCAUAAGCCCCGAUUACCUGUUAACUUAAGCAGAAGUAGGCUCUAUUUGCUAAACGAUCACUUUCACUUAGCCAGGUCUAAGCAUUCACGAGACUUACAAUUAGUUCUGACUUAUCAUCAUGGUUUAACAUCGGGGGCGAUUAAAUAUGGUAUCAAGCUGAAAUGCGAUGCCAAAAAGGGCGCAUAUUAGUUUUCCAGACAAAUUUUAAAUUAAAUCGUGCCUCAAAUAACCAAAUGUAAAUACUUUGCGGUCAGCGGCAAAGCAGGUGAAUAUCAUCAUAACCAGACCUUAUCAUAUCCCAUGUUUGUAAUAUACAUGAUUAAUAUCAAAAGAGAGGAAACGGUA